UGCUCCAUCCCUGCCACCUCCCAACCCUCUCUCUGCCCCAAUUCAGGGACUCAGAAUGCAGGAUUUAGGAACCAUCGCACAGCAGUCUGUUGGUACCUGCACUCGGUGCUCAGAGGGGGCUCAGGGAGAGUGGUGACCCAGUAGAGCCCAGGGAGCAACAGACAUCCCACAUCCUGUGGGAGGUGAGUGUCAGUGGAAACAGACCCACUCUCAUGGCACCUACUGAACGGGCAGAGGAGGUAACGGUGGAGGUAUGGGGAGGGUCCUGGGAAGGCCUGGCUAGAGACAGAGUCCCUUUGUUCCCUCCUUGGUUGGAUCUUCACGGAGCAGAGGCGAGUGCAGUGAGGGUAAUUAAGAGGCCAGACACCACCCCUCCCUGGGCACAUGCAGUUGAAUUGAAGUGGCUCGUGGGCAAGGAGACAGACUGAGGAGUGUGCCCAGCUCCCCUAAGAAGUCCAGAAAUGAUCACCCCAUUGAUCACGGACUCCCACUCCCAGAGGCUUUUGGCCAGCCCACCGUCUGGGAGCAGGCCUGUCUCGGGCAGGACUGCCAGGUCGCAGGUGGACAAGGAGUCCGACUGGUCUCGGACAGGAGCUGGAAGCCCAGGGGCCCAGGUUCCCACAGGGGUUCCCUGGGAUAUUGGUUUGGAUGCAUACCCUGUCCUCUGACUUUUCUGUCUCCAUGUCUGUCCCCAGGGCCGUCUAUGCCAUCCUAAACACCUGGGUGGAAAAGUAUCCAGGGGGUUUUGUGCAGCCUCCGGAGUUUCCCAGCUUGCAUAUGCUGCUGGCCUACCUGCAGGUCUAUGUGCCGGGCUCGGACCUGCAGCGCUGUGCCCAGCUUCUGCUGUCAGAAAGUCAACGCCCUCCCAGAAAGACCACGGAGCCAGAGGCUGGGGCACCGGCCCCAGAGCAAGAUCAGGAAGUUGUUCCAGCAGCCACUCUGGCACCCGCUGCACCUCUGGGGCCUGAGCUGGUCCCCACCAUCCCUGCUGCGGCAGCUCACAAUGGGUCUGGAAGACCAGUGACCCCCCCUGACCCGUUGGGACCAGGGCAGAUGGUCUUCAGGGCCCUCGUUCACUUCUCUGCGACAGAAGAGCCACCUGGCAUUUUGCCUUUACUGGAUGACCAGCAGCCUCGGCCCCCGAGCUGCCGCCCCCUGCCUCCGUGGAGAUCUUCUGGCUGUGACCCCGACCCUGCCAACCCCAACCUUGGUAUCCCUCAAGUUAAGCUUGUGUGA